AUGCCCCUCGUCGCGCAGAACGCCAAACCCCGCAUCAUCCUCGGGCUGAUGACCUUUGGCCCCGACGAGACCAAAGGCGGCCGCAUCACCUCCCUGGACGAGCUCAACCGCCACCUGGACUACUUCCAGGCGCAAGGGUACAACGAGGUCGACACGGCGCGCGUCUACGUCGGCGGCGCCCAGGAAGGCUUCACGCGCCAGGCGCGCUGGAAGGAGCGCGGCCUCAAGCUCGCUACCAAGGUGUAUCCCAAGGAGCCUGGCACGCACAAGCCGGAUGUCCUGCGUCGGCAUUUCGAGACUUCGCUCAAGGAGCUUGGUACUGACCGCGUUGAUAUCUUCUACCUCCAUGCGCCUGACCGCUCUGUGCCUUUCGCUGAGACCCUCGAGGAGGUCGAUAAGCUCCACCGCGAGGGCAAGUUCGUCCAGCUAGGCCUCAGCAAUUACACCGCGUUCGAGGUCGCGGAGAUUGUGACGUUGUGCAAUGAGAGGGGCUGGGUGCGUCCGACUAUCUACCAGGCCAUGUAUAACGCAAUCACCCGCUCCAUCGAGACAGAACUCAUCCACGCCUGCCGGCGAUACGGGAUCGAAAUCGUCGUGUACAACCCUCUAGCCGGAGGCAUCUUCUCGGGCAAGUACCGGUCCAAGGACAUCAUCCCGGAGGAGGGCCGGUACAGCGACAAGAACAGCACGGGCCCCAACUACCGCAACCGGUACUUCAAGGACGCGACGUUCGAGGCGCUGCGGCUGAUCGAGCCCGUGGUCGAGAAGCAUGGGCUGACGCUGCUCGAGACGGCGCUGCGCUGGCUCGUGCACCACUCGGCGCUCAACAUCAAGGAUGGCGGCAAUGACGGCGUCAUCAUCGGCGUCAGCAGCUUCGCCCAGCUUGAGAGCAACCUCCGCGAUCUGGAGAAGGGGCCGCUGCCGGACGAGGUCGUGGCCGUGCUGGACCAGGCGUGGUUGAUCACCAAGCCGACCACGGCUAAUUACUGGCAUCUGGAUUUGAAGUAUACUUAUGACACGCAGGAGGCGCUCUUCAAGCCGAAGCCGAAGGUGUGA